UCCUCCUCCUCCGCGGCGGCGGCGGCGCCGGGCAGAUGCGGCGGAUCGCGGGGCGGCUGUGGCCCGCAGCGGGCUCCCGUCCGCCCGCCGCCCCCAUGGACGGCAGCGGGGGCAGCAGCAGCAGCAGCCGCGCGUAGCUCGUGUCUGCAAACCUUGGGACAGCAAAGUGUCGUGCAAAGGAGGUGGAGAAGUAUAACCAGGAUUCCUUAUGAUGUCUUAACUUCCCUUGGACUCCUUAGAGCCUCACCCGGCAUUCUAAUUCCAUCCCUCACGGCAGGUGAAGGAAGGCAUGCCCCAAACACUGAGUUCUACCAGUAUGUUUACCCCAUGUGGCUUCAGCCCUCAUCUACAUACUUCAAAAGAAGGUGAACAAGGAGGACUGAUCUUCCAGGAUGGAAACCUUACCUCAGCAUCUCUGGAUGCUCUAAUCCAGCAUCUGAUACCUACCACUGAUUACUACCCUGAAAAAGCCUACAUCUUUACAUUCCUGCUGAGUUCCAGACUCUUCAUUGAACCCCAUGAGCUUUUGUCCCGGGUUUGUCACAAGUGCAUCGAGCAGCAGCGCCUGGAUGACCCUGUGCUGGACAAGGCUCGAAUCAGGAAAUUUGGACCCAAAAUCUUGCAGUUGCUGACAGAGUGGACAGAGACAUUCCCGUAUGACUUUCAGGAGGAGCGGAUGAUUGGCCAUCUCAAGGACAUGAUUCACAGGAUAGCCCCAUGUGAUGAGGCUUACUGGAAAAAGAUGAAUCAGCUUUUGCAAGCCCUGAAUCAGAAGCUUGCAACCCUCAGCCAUGGGCAAGAAGGGAUUGUCAAGAUCAGUACUGCUGUCUCUGAUAAGCUGGUUGCCUUUAAAACUAAACCUCCAUCAAUUCAGAGAGAAAUCCUGAGUGUCUGCAGUGAUCCUUACACCCUGGCUCAGCAGCUGACACAUGUGGAGCUGGAAAGACUGAGUCACAUUGGACCUGAGGAGUUUGUGCAGGCAUUUGUCCACAAGGACCCUCUGGAUGGCACCAAGACUUGUUUCAGUGAGCAGAAGAAGACAAGUAACCUUGAGGCCUAUGUGAAAUGGUUCAAUAGACUCUGCUACCUGGUAGCAACAGAAAUUUGCAUGCCUGCAAAAAAGAAACAGCGAGCACAAGUCAUCGAAUUCUUCAUCGACGUUGCCCGAGAGUGCUUUAACAUAGGGAAUUUUAAUUCACUGAUGGCAAUCAUUUCUGGAAUGAAUAUGAGUCCAGUUUCCAGGCUAAAGAAGACUUGGUCAAAAGUGAAAACAGCCAAAUUUUUCAUUCUGGAGCACCAGAUGGACCCUACAGGAAACUUCUACAACUACCGGACAGCGCUGCGUGGGGCUGCCCACAGGUCCCUCACUGCUCACAGCAACAGGGAGAAGAUUGUGAUCCCCUUCUUCAGCCUAUUGAUCAAAGACAUUUAUUUUUUGAAUGAGGGAUGUGCUAAUCGCCUUCCAAAUGGACAUGUCAACUUUGAAAAAUUCCUGGAACUGGCUAAGCAAGUAGGAGAAUUUAUAACAUGGAAACAAGUGGAGUGUCCAUUUGAGCAAGACCCUAACAUCAUCCACUACUUGCACACUGCUCCCAUUUUUACUGAAGAUGGUUUGUAUCUGGCUUCCUAUGAAAGUGAAAGUCCAGAGAACCAGACAGAAAAAGACAGGUGGAAAUCCUUAAGAUCCACCAUUUUAGGAAAGACUUGAAGAUUGAGAGAUUAUUGCAGUAGGUCAAGGAAAAGAAAUCCGCAAACAUUUUGCACUACUGAUUCCAAAGAUGCCUGUUUGGGAUUUAGACAAUUUCUUUUGUUUGAGUUUUUUUGUUGGGUUUUUUUGACUGCCUAACAUGAUGGAUGAACUGGAUUCAUCCACUGAAAUCAACAGAACUGUGUGCACAAUGAUGCUUUUCUAACCAUGAGAUAGAGAGAGGAAGGACAAACAGACUAUUUGUGGCUGUGCCCAAACUGCAUCAGGAUCACUGUAAUUUUGCCUCUGAAGGAAAAUGCAAGAAAACCAGAGCAGGGAGAAUCAUGGUACUGCAACAGAGAAUGGAAAAGUAUAAAAGAGGAAAGCGAAAAUACACGAGAGUAUUUCAGAAGCAGGUGCUUCAGACAGCAGUUCUUUAAACAUUUGAGGAUUGUAAAAUUAAAUCAAAGACAGACAACAGCAAUCUGGUUAAUUGCUGAAUGAAGAAAAACAAGAACUUAACCUUGCAUCAGCAGUCCUCCAGCCUUGUUGAACAAAGCACUGACUGCUGCAGGUUGGAGCAUGCAGGGAUGAGGACUGACACUGCUCACACACACACGUCUGUCACAUAUAGGCCACGUCAGCAUGGGAACAUUGCCCUGACCCCAUGGAUUUUUACAGAACAGCCUGGAGUGUGACUCUUGCUCAGUUCAUCUUCCCACCGCUGUUGUUGCUUUCCUUACUGUGAAUCUGGGCCGGGCUAAGGAGGGCACAGAGGGUUGAUGGUGCUGCUUGAAGAAACCCCCACCACUCCUGAGGUUGAAUGAAGAAGCAAAUGACUCUGGACUCAACUUACCUCUAUUUAAUGUAUGUAGUGUAUUCCCUAAAGUUAUUGAUGCCGAGUUGCAUCUUUUAAGGGGUUUUAUCACACUCAAAGAAAAAAGGUACUGCAUUACCAUUUCUAUGGGGUUCCAAUUAACACAGUACUGUUUGUUUUGUAACAUGAUACUUAGGAGGAUGGGGGUUAAUUGCUCUGAGCUUGGGGACUACGUGGUAUGCUUUAAGGAGACAAAGGGUUUCAGACUGGAAUGAAUGCACUAAAGAAUUUGUCAUUCAUGAGCAGAUAACCAUUUUUGUCUUUUUUACUUUUAGGAUAUAAAGUUCACAGUUUCCUUACAGAUAACAUGAAAUAGGGACAAUGUCUUGUGUUUAAAGCUGUACAAUAAUCAAGGUGCUACUGUAAUAGAUAUAUUCAAUGAUAAUGAAUUAUAUUAGAUUCAAAACUAAACCCUAACAGUAGACUUAUUGUUUGUGUGUGGAAGGAAUGUUCCUAACUGCCCCAGAAAA